AUGCCUAUGCAAUGGACCUCCGAAGCCGACGCCAAGCUCUUCGUCGGCGUCCUCAACCAAUGCUCCGGCCAAAUGAAACUCGACACCAAGCAACUGGCUCAGUACAUGGGAGCAGACUGCACCCCCUGCGCCGUCGAGCAACGCAUGGUCAAACUCAAGAAACAAGCUAAAGGCCUGACCAUCACCACUACCCCCUCCCCAGCCAAGAAGAAGACCGGCAUCGCCGAGGAUGUUGCGGCUGAGACUCCGACGAAAGGCAAGCGUAAGGCCGGUGCUGAAGCCGGAGGCGAGGGCGGUGCGAAGAAGUCGUCGAAGAAGAAUAAGAAGGUGAAGGGGUUUCCUGUGGAUGGGGAUGAUGAUCAGGGUGAUGGGGAGGAGGAGGUUGUGUUUAAGCUGGAGAAGGGGAAGGGUGGAGAUGGUGUGAAGAAGGAGGGGUUUCUGGGUUUCAAGGCGGAGGCUUGA